AUGGAGCCUCGUCUUGCUGCAGGACGUCAAGCAACCGAACAGCGUGCGGAGAUGAAUCUGCCAAAUGUCGGCAGCAAGACUACGGAGAGUGCUGUUGCGCUCGCGGAUCAACUCGUUCUCGAAUUUCUUGUUAUGGAGUUGACAGAGCCACAGGUCGCGCAACUAGCAAAAACUGCUGGUGAUGGGUACGUCAUUGCUGUAUGUUCAUGGAUACCCGCUUACAAUAAUAUUCUAGAGCACAACUUCAGUUUAUCAGCACCAUGUUUGAUCGGAAUCCGAUUUUGGAACGCUUGGCUGCUGUAA